AUGAAAUUAUUCAUUGCUUUCUCUCUCCUGAUUAGGCUCAUUGUAUUCCAGGAACAAAUUUCUUGUUUCUCCUUAAGUCUACCCACUUCUCCCAGCUACUAUCAAAAUGGGGAUUUUGUUAUUGGAGGACUCUUUUCCUUUAAAGUAACCAGAAGUCGAAUUGGUUUUGAAAGCACAACCUAUGUACCAGAUUAUGUUUAUGCAUAUCUCACUAAACAUUACCAGCACAUGUUGGCAAUGGUGUUUGCUAUAGAAAAAAUCAACAAGGAUCCGAAUAUUCUAUUCAACAUGUCUCUGGGAUUUUCUCUCUUCAGUGUCAACUUCCCAUUUCCCAGCACCCACAUGGCACUCCACCCAUUCUUGAAACGGGGCCAACUUGGAAGAAACACCGAUGAGGAGAAUGGAAAUAAGGAAGGUUUGACAACCAUGAUUGACAUCUUGAAUUACCAGUCUCUGCCGAAUGGUACCAAAGCUCAAGUGAGCAUUGGUGAGUUCAUCUUUGAAGCUCACAGUGCUCAGCACUUUUCCCUAAAUGAUGAACUGAUAACUUGGGGUGAAUACUAUAGUAAAGCUCCUUUUGCUGUCUGCACUCCAAGUUGUCUACUGGGUUUCAGAAAAACACCUCUUGAAGGAAAGCCAUUUUGUUGUUUUGAUUGCCUGCCUUGCCCAGAUGGAGAGAUCGCAAAUGAGACAGAUAUGGAUCAAUGCAUCAAGUGUCCAGAAGAUCAGUAUCCAAAUAAGCAGAGAAAUCAGUGUCUUCCUAAAAUUAUGACAUUUUUGUCCCAUGAAGAUACUCUGGGAGCUGUUUUGGUCUCUGUAGCCAUAAGUUUAUUUGUCUUCUCAGCUCUAAUUUUAGGAUUAUUUAUCUACUAUCGGGACACACCCAUUGUCAGAACAAAUAACCAAAAUCUCAGUUAUAUUCUGCUUGUUUCUCUAAUGCUCUGUUUCUUUUGCUCAUUGAUAUUCAUUGGUCAACCUAGGACAGUCACCUGAUUAAGACAAACAAUUUUUGGGGUUGUAUUUUCUGUUGCUGUCUCUGCCAUCUUGGCAAAAACCUUCAUUGUGGUUAUGGCCUUCAAAGCCAUCAAACCAGGGAGUGCAUGGCGAACAUGGAUGGUGACCCGACUCUCAAAUGCUAUAGUCAUCAGUGGUUCCCUCAUCCAAGUGUGCAUCUGUGCAGUCUGGCUUGGGACAUAUCCUCCUUUCCCUGACAUUGACAUGCAGUCAGAGUCUGGGCAAAUCAUCCUGUGGUGUAACGAGGGCUCCACCCUUGCCUUCUAUUGUCUGGGGUACCUAGGUUUUCUUGCAGUUCUGAGCUUGCUUAUUGCUUUUCUGGCAAGGAGGCUACCAAAUAGCUUCAAUGAGGCAAAAAUAAUCAUGUUCAGCAUGCUGGUUUUCUGCGUUGUGUGGAUUUCCUUCAUACCCACUUACCUGAGCUCCAAAGGCAAAACCAUGGUGACUGUGGAAAUUCUUUCCAUUCUGGCCUCCAACGCUGGCUUAUUGACCUGUAUAUUUCUUCCCAAGUGCUAUGUGAUCCUACUAAGAUCAGAUGACCAGUCAAGAGGGAAGUUCUUUAAAACAACUUCCUUCUUACGGCAAAGGAAUUUAUUGCGAUGUGGUGAGAGAUCAGAAUCACCUUUUAGUUUUCUACCUGCAGCUAUCCAGUCUGACCAGCACCACUUGUUAAACAACAUGAGGCGGCUGUGGGAGUGUGGGUUCAUAUGUGCGUCCUCCAUUCUACUCCUAGAUUUGGAGGAAAGUGAAAACACAGACUGCCUCUAUCUGUGGGACACGGUGAAAGGAGUGAAGAGGAUGUUUUUCAACGACUGCGCACAGCAUCCCUACCUGCCACCACCACCUCAAGCACCAUCAUGUCCAUAG